AUGGCAACAGCAGAAGCUCCCGAUGUCUACGAAAAGUCCAAAGGCAUCUCCUCAAUAAUCAGAAUCAUCGGAUGCCCAGAAGACUUCCAGUCUGCCCAGCCUGGCGAGCUUGACGUCUUGGAUGCAAAUACCAUUGAGACAUUCACACUCGAAGAGUUCAAGGCACUUGUACUAGACUGCAGGACCAAGAACAAAGACUUAAUAAUCGCAAGAGUAACCACUCCAGAUCCAGAGGACCAAAACAUCCUCUACAACUUCUAUUAUGCUGCAUCAGAGCUAAAUAGGAUACUAUUCAGGUUCGAGUCAGACAGAAGAUUGCUGCACAGAAUGAAAGUCAGAAACCCUCUUAACAACAUGUACAUCCUUGGCCAGGUUUACUAUUACAAGGUUAUUCCAUUGGAUGUUGAUAGCGCACUAGUCGACUACUUCUUUUCUGAUAUCAAGCCAUAUACAGGAAAAUUAGCCACAAACUCAUCAUCUCAGGUAUUCAAAUCAAGUUCUUCAGACAUCAUAUUCGACAAUGGUAAGCUCAACACUCCACCAAAUCUAUCAGAAACAAGAGAAACACCACACAAGCCAUACUCAUCCAAAAACUCCCCAAAGGAGGUAAUAGAAAAACUACAGAAAGGUCAGAUCUCCAUCCCAAAGUCAACCCCUGCCGAUAGAAGUGUGUCAUACAACGCCAGGUACUUUGCAUCUGAUGAUGACUUCCUCAUGCAGCCAGAGGUAAGAGAAUAUUUCCGUAAAAACACGUUAGAUGCAGACGAUGACUUCCUCUUUGAAAUCGAUAGAACACAGAACGAUUUCUUUGCACUCCUUGAAACUGCAUCAGAGGAUGAGAACGAAGAGGCCCUUGGCUGGAAGCGAGUUCUUACUGCCCAUGUAAGCAUGCUAGUCACGCUACUUACAGUAUGCCUUGUUCUUGGUGUUGGUCCUCAAAUGGUUCUUAUUGCACUUCCAUUAACCGCUUUACUGAUAUUCUCCUUCAUCGGCUCGAUUUUUUAUAUCUUAUUCUGCCGAAGAAAUACAUUCGAUACCUUGGCUGCCAAUAACGUUGAGGAGCUGUAA